AUGCGGUUGCAAACAACGAAAUUAAUAAUUCUGGAAAAUCUUAGUGCUGAACCAGUUGACGACAGUGGCGCACUGCCUGCGGCCAACUCCCCUGUCAUCGUGAAUUCAGCGCCCAUCGCUACUCGGACUGAGAAAGAUGAAGACAAAUGGGUAGAGUUUAGAAACCGAAAUAAAAAUAAAAUCUCGGUCAGAAACAGACCUGUUGAUAAAUCCAGUCGACCUGAACCUUUGAGAGGCUCCAAUGUAAAUAUAUGCAGCCUUAGACCAGCAUCCAGAGUAUCAUCUUUGUUUUUAUCUGGCCUGGCACCAGAAGUUACCAGCGAAAGCGUGAAAAAUUUUCUGAAAGAAAACAACUUUAAUGAAUAG